UGGGUGCAACGGCAGUGCAUCAGUCCGCAGUCGCUCAGCGUUGAAAGAAGGGACAUCUCCAGCUGCACCACUAAUCGCCAUGCCUCAGCUAAAGUCUCUAGACAUGGGGUCUGCCUUCAUCCAGACCCAGCAGCUCAACGCUGCCAUGGCAGACACCUUCCUGGAACACAUGUGCCUACUGGAUAUCGACUCAGAGCCCACCACUGCACGCAACACUGGCAUCAUCUGCACCAUCGGGCCGGCUUCCCGUUCUGUGGAAAUGCUGAAGGAGAUGAUCAAGUCUGGAAUGAACAUUGCACGCUUGAACUUCUCCCAUGGCACCCAUGAGUAUCAUGCAGAGACCAUCAAGAACGUACGUAAGGCCUGUGAGAGCUUUGGACCUGGCAGCAUCCACUACAGGCCCGUGGGCAUUGCCCUGGACACCAAGGGCCCAGAGAUUAGAACGGGACUGAUUAAGGGUAGUGGUACAGCUGAGGUGGAACUGAAGAAGGGCAACAUGAUCAAGCUGACCCUGGAUGAUUCCUAUCAGGAAAACUGUAGUGAAGAGAUCCUUUGGCUGGACUACAAGAAUAUCACUAAUGUGGUGGAGAUAGGCAGCAAGAUUUACAUCGAUGACGGACUCAUGUCCCUGCAGGUUAAGGAGAUCGGCUCUGAUUUCCUGAUGUGUGAGAUUGAGAAUGGUGGCACUCUGGGCAGUAAGAAGGGAGUUAACCUCCCGGGUGCUGCUGUGGACCUGCCUGCCGUCUCGGAGAAGGACAUCAAGGACCUGCAGUUUGGUUUGGACCAAGGAGUUGACAUGGUCUUCGCCUCAUUCAUCCGUAAAGCAGCAGAUGUUAAUGCUGUCAGAGCUGUGCUCGGAGAGAAGGGCAAGGACAUCAAGAUCAUCAGCAAGCUGGAGAACCACGAGGGUGUACGCAGGUUUGAUGAGAUUAUGGAAGCUAGUGAUGGCAUCAUGGUCGCCCGUGGUGACCUAGGUAUUGAGAUCCCCACGGAGAAGGUUUUCCUGGCCCAGAAGAUGAUGAUUGGUCGCUGCAACAGAGCUGGCAAGCCCAUUACAUGCGCUACACAGAUGUUGGAGAGCAUGAUCAAGAAGCCCAGGCCCACCCGUGCUGAGGGCAGUGAUGUUGCCAAUGCAGUACUAGAUGGAGCUGACUGCAUCAUGCUGAGCGGAGAAACUGCCAAGGGAGACUACCCCCUAGAGGCAGUACGCACACAGCACAUGAUUGCCCGUGAGGCCGAGGCAGCAAUGUUCCAUCGGCAGGUGUUUGAGGAUCUGCGCCGCAGCACGCCACACUCCACUGACCCGGCCGAGGCUAUCGCUAUUGGCUCUGUUGAGGCCUCCUUUAAGAUCUUAGCCUCUGCGUUCAUUGUGCUUACUGGCUCUGGAAGGUCCGCCCACCUGAUCUCCAGGUACAGGCCCCGCGCCCCCAUCAUCGCUGUGACCCGUAACGCCCAGACAGCCCGCCAAGCUCACCUGUACCGCGGCAUCUUCCCCGUCUUCUACAACAAGCCCGCCCACGACGUGUGGGCAGAGGACGUUGACCUGCGUGUCAACUUUGCAAUGGAAAUGGGCAAGGCCCGUGGGUUCUUCAAGGAGGGAGACGUCGUCAUCGUUUUAACCGGCUGGCGCCCAGGUUCAGGCUACACUAACACCAUGCGUGUGGUCCUGGUGGCCUAAAUGUUUCAGCAGGGCCACCAUUUAUCUCUUCCUUAUGUAUUCAUCUAUUCUUUGUACCUCCCACCACCAGUUUCACAGCCCUUUUUCUUUUCACUACUUUGGCUCAUAGACUGAAGGCCCAAAAAGUAUAGUCAUGUAGAUGUUAAAACACACCAUACACACCGACUGUCAUGUCCCAGGAGUUGUUUGAUGGUGGCGACUGAAUCCAAAACAUUUCCAGCUCAUAUAAUCUCUCACCUCGAUUCUGUCAACAAAGCCAGUCUCCAGGGCUUCCUUCGAUUUUAUAUUUUUGUUUGUUUGGGGGUUUUUUUUUUACACCCUGACCAGAAACUGCUGUAUUUAUUCACUUUAACGAAUAUACUAGUCCUAACAAAACCAGGCUUAUGAGUUCUGCAACCUGGCCUGUGUGCAUACGCAUAGGGGCUCUUGUCUGGGAAGAGCUGGGAGGAGGGCAGGCUGAUCUUAAGAGAGCACCUGCAACAUUGUAACUGUUUAAAAAAAACCUCAAUACACUCCUUUAUAUGUCUUUCAAACGAACAAAGUGGCAUUCUGAAUCAAAGGGCUCCUCUUAGGGUCCCGCUUCAGCCUUCACCGCUCCCCCAGACAAUCCUCGUGUUGUGCUGUCUAUAUAAAUGGUAUUCUAUUUGCGGGCUUUGACUGUGUUUGUCCAUCUUUAAGUGCUGCACUCCCAAUCUACUGUAGAAAAUGUUACAUUCUGUAUUAUACUUGACUGUCGUGAAAGGUGACAUUUUUUUCUUUUGGCUUGGGCAUCCAUUACUUAUUAUAUUUUGUGUAACUAGAGAGAAAUGUUAGUUUUGGAUGUCCACAUUAGGUCCUUGAAAUUCUGUUACUAUUUUUUUGUGUGGAGAGGGGCGCUAAAAAGCCUUUUAAAUCUGUUUGUAUUUUGAUGGUGUUUUAGUUGGCACUUAAGAACCACCGUACGCGGUUAACUUAAGUUUGACUGACAUGAAUAAGCACUUUUCGGGUCUGUCUUGGGCACCUAGGAGGGAUUGUGAUAAAAAGCUGAAGCACUAUCCCUCUCAGCCCAAGUGGCUGAUGGAUAGAACAUCUAACGUCACGUUUUCCUUCCCUCCGUUCUUCUUUAUCACUUGCUCUUGUUACUGUGUCGGUGACUUAGAUGUGUUUGAGAUUAUAAUUGUUCACCUGCUUUUGAUUGUGACGCUGGGAUGUAAGAGCUUUCAAAAAUCUAAAAAGUAAUUCCAAUGCUUAAAUCUGGUGUACUGAGCUGUUCUACAUGACUGGAUUUCCAUCAAUAAAGGAGAUGAUCACCUA